AUGAGGAAGCUGAUAACUCUGUCACUUCUGGUGUUGCUCUGCUCUCUGCAGCUGACCUCUGCUGUUGGUAUUCAAGGACCAAACAGCUCUCCCUGCUGUUCUAAAUUUUCAACCAUUAGGAUCCCUCUGAAGAGGGUGGUAUCUUACACUUGGACCAGCAGUAACUGCCCAAAAAAAGCCAUUGUGUUUGAGACGAUUGGAGGGAACAGGAUCUGUGUGGACCCAGAAGCCAGCUGGGUCAGUGGUCAUGUCGCUACAGUGGACAAGAGGAAGAGUGCAGCCUCACCAACGAAUACAGCACCAACAAACACAACAAAAGCCAAUACAACAAUGCUGUCAACAACAACACUGACAAAAGCCUAG